AUGCCUCGCCAAGUAUUACGAUCUCCCAUUUUCCAAAACAUCCUUUAUGUUCAAGAAUAUGCUUCUCCCCAAGAUAACUCCUGGAUUAUUCAUAAUUCAAAAUUGGCCUUUAACCACCAGGUGCAUUUAGGUUAUGACGAUGAGAUUCAUCUUCUCUAUCGACUGAUUUUAAUGUCACUAGUAAAUGAGUACGUAAAAGAAGUAAGAAAAAUGGGGUGUAAUAUACUUGAGUUAAUGGCGGAGGGCCUUAAGAUAGAGCCAAAGAAUGUGUUAAGCCGAAUGCUAAGCGAUGAGAAAGCCGACAUAGUCUUUAGGCUUAACCACUAUCCACCAUGCUCUGACUCUAACCCUGACUCAGACCUAGACCUGAACAAUAGGUCCAUGAGCCACGGAAGAACCUCGAUUGGAUUUGGAGAGCACACAGACCCACAACUUAUAUCGAUUGCUAGAUCCAAUGCCACAUCAGGCUUUCAAAUUUAUCUUGAAGAUGGAACUUGGGUCGCAGUCCCACAAGAUGAGACAUCCUAUUUCAUCAACGUUGAUGAUUUGUUAGAGGUAAUGACAAACGGAAGAUUUAAAAGUGUAAGACAUAGGGUGGUUGCAGACAGUUUCAAAUCAAGGGUGUCAAUGAUAUACUUUGGAGGUCCACCAUUGAUGGAGAAGAUCUCGCCAUUGGAUUCACUCAUGGAGCCUGAUGAAGAAAGUUUGUAUAAUGAGUUCACUUGGUUUGAGUAUAAAUCAUGCACCUACAAGACCAGGUUGGCUGAUAAUAGGCUCUCUCGCUUUCACAAACACUCUCAUCCAGUGUAA